GAAGUUCUUACAGCUUUGGAGAGUUUUCGUUGUUACCACCAUAUAUGGCAGAGGGACAAGGAGGAAACCAUUGAUAAAUUAAUGAUGGGAAACCCAUCACUCUCUGAAGUUGAAUCUGAAAUUCUGCAUUUCCAAGACUUGGAGCUGAAAAUCAAUUCUGAGCCUGAAUAUAUCUGCGUGGGAGCUAUUGCAUUGUACACUGCUGAUCUGAAGCUAGCACUGACAGCGGAAACCAAAGCCUGGAUGACUUUGCUGGGGUGUCAUUGUAAUAAGAAGUACCGAACAGAGAUGGAAGCAAUUUUCACUUUUAUAGAGGAAACUGGCAAGAAGUUAAAUCGCCGCAUCAGGGAUCUGGAUGAUAUAAGAAUAGUCAUGUCAGCUUUAAAAGAGAUCAGAGAACUACAGAUCUCCAUAGACUAUCAAGUUGGGCCCAUUGAGGAAUCCUAUGCUAUGUUAAACAAAUAUGAUCUACUUGUGGCCAAGGAAGAGACAGAGAAGGUGGACACUUUGCACUACACUUGGGAAAAACUGCUAGUCCGUGCAAACGAAGUACAAAAUGAGCUUGUUGCUUUGCAGCCAAACUUCAGAGGAGAGCUUAUUAGCACUGUGAAGACUUUUAUUGAAGACUGUGCACAGUUCUAUUCUGAUUAUGAUCAGAAUGGGCCUAUGGUGGUUGGUUUAGAGCCUCAGGAAGCCAGUGACAGGCUUACUAUGUUUCAGAAUCGAUUUGAUAAUCUUUUUCGGAAAUAUAUUACUUAUACUGGUGGGGAAGACCUUUUUGGUUUGCCUGUUACUCGGUAUCCUCAGCUGCUUGAAAUAAAGAAGCAACUGAAUCUGUUACAGAAACUCUAUAAUCUAUAUAACAAUGUCAUUGGCACAGUCAGUGGCUACUAUGAUAUUCUUUGGUCAGAAUUAGACACUGGAAAAAUUAACAGUGAACUUCUGGAUUUUCAGAACAGAUGCCGUAAGCUUCCUCGUGGUGUAAAAGAAUGGCAAGCCUUUUUUGACCUAAAGAAGACCAUUGAGGACUUCAGUGAAUGUUGUCCAUUGCUUGAGCGUAUGUCAAGUAAAGCAAUGAUGCCUCGGCACUGGAAACAGAUUACAGAUCUCACUGAACACAACUUUGAUGUGGAAAGUGAAACAUUCAAACUGAGGAAUAUAAUGGAAGCUCCACUAUUACGAUAUAAAGAGGAAAUCGAGGAUAUCUGCAUAAGUGCUGUGAAGGAGAGAGACAUUGAGCAGAAGUUAAAACAAGUGAUAGCUGAAUGGGACAACAAAACAUUUAUCUUCACAAACUUUAAAACCCGCGGGGAACUUCUUUUAAGAGGUGACAGCACAUCAGAAACAAUUGCUACCAUGGAGGACAGCUUGAUGAUUCUUGGCUCUCUCAUGAGUAACAGAUACAACACACCCUUCAAGACACAGAUUCAGAAAUGGGUGCACUAUCUUUCCAAUACAACAGAUAUCACUGAGAACUGGAUGACUGUGCAGAACUUGUGGAUUUAUCUAGAAGCUGUUUUUGUUGGUGGUGACAUAGCAAAGCAGCUUCCAAAGGAAGCAAAGCGUUUCUCUAACAUUGAUAAAUCCUGGGUGAGGAUCAUGACCCGAGCUCAUGAAACACCAAAUGUUGUUCAGUGCUGCAUUGGAGAUGAAAUCAUGGGACAGUUACUACCGCAUUUACUAGAACAGCUUGAAAUCUGUCAGAAAUCACUCACAGGGUACCUGGAGAAAAAGCGGCUCCUAUUUCCACGAUUCUUCUUUGUAUCAGAUCCUGCUCUCUUAGAAAUUCUUGGCCAGGCAUCAGACUCUCACAAUGUACAGGCACAUCUGCUGAAUGUCUUCGACAACGUUAAAACUGUCAGGUUCCAUGAAAGGAUAUAUGAUUGUAUAUUGUCGAUUAGUUCACAAGAGGGCGAGACUGUAGAGCUGACUAGACCUGUAAUGGCUGAAGGUAACGUGGAAGUUUGGCUCAAUUCUCUGUUGAAGGAAUCCCAGCUGUCACUGCAUCAUGUUAUUCGCCAGGCAGCUGCGCACAUCCAGGAAACUAGUUUCCAGCUGACUGAAUUUCUUUCUACUUACCCAGCUCAGGUUGGGUUGUUGGGAAUCCAAAUGAUUUGGACAAGAGACUCAGAAGCAGCUUUGACUAAUGCUAGGUAUGAUAAAAAAAUUAUGCGAAAGACAAACCAGUUUUUCCUGGAUCUUCUAAAUAUGCUGAUAGAUACAACAACAAAAGACCUUAGCCCAGUCGAACGAGUUAAAUAUGAGACAUUAAUCACUAUUCAUGUGCAUCAGAGGGACAUUUUUGACGGUCUGUGUUGCAUGCAUAUCAAGAGCCCUACAGACUUCGAGUGGCUGAAACAGUGUAGAUUUUAUUUUAAUGAAGACUCUGAUAAAAUGAUGAUUAAGAUCACAGAUGUGGGUUUCACAUACCAGAAUGAAUUCUUGGGCUGUACUGACAGGCUUGUCAUAACGCCUCUUACAGACAGAUGUUACAUCACUUUGGCUCAAGCUUUAGGCAUGAACAUGGGUGGAGCACCUGUGGGACCUGCAGGAACUGGAAAAACUGAAACCAUCAAAGACAUGGGACGGUGUCUUGGAAAAUACGUAGUGGUCUUCAACUGUUCAGACCAGAUGGAUUUCCGAGGACUUGGGAGGAUCUUCAAAGGUCUUGCUCAGUCUGGCUCCUGGGGUUGCUUUGAUGAAUUCAAUCGUAUUGAUUUACCAGUAUUAUCAGUAGCUGCACAGCAAAUUGCAAUUGUGUUGACAUGUAAGAAGGAACGUAAAAAAGCCUUUAUUUUUACUGAUGGAGAUAAUGUGGAAAUGAACCCAGAAUUUGGCAUCUUUCUUACUAUGAACCCAGGAUAUGCUGGACGGCAAGAACUACCGGAAAACUUGAAGAUCAACUUCCGUUCUGUGGCUAUGAUGGUUCCUGAUCGUCAAAUCAUAAUUCGUGUCAAAUUGGCUAGUUGUGGUUUCAUUGCUAAUGUUGUAUUGGCAAGGAAAUUCUUUACACUGUACAAGCUGUGUGAAGAACAACUGUCAAAGCAGGUGCAUUAUGAUUUUGGCUUGCGGAAUAUAUUGUCAGUGCUACGUACAUUAGGAGCAGCAAAAAGAGCAAAUCCCACAGAUACUGAAUCUACCAUUGUCAUGCGUGUGCUGAGAGACAUGAACCUGUCUAAACUAAUUGAUGAAGAUGAACCCUUAUUCCUUAGUCUAAUUGAAGAUCUGUUUCCGGAUAUCCAGCUUGAUAAAGUAGGCUAUCCUGAACUGGAAGCUGCCAUUGACAAACGGGUGGAGGAAGCUGGACUGGUUUGUCAUCCUCCUUGGAAACUGAAAGUUAUCCAACUUUUUGAAACCCAGAGAGUAAGGCAUGGAUUGAUGACACUAGGACCUAGUGGUGCAGGAAAAACUGUUUGCAUCCACACAUUAAUGAAAGCCAUGACAGAUUGUGGACAGCCACAUCGUGAAAUGAGAAUGAAUCCUAAAGCUAUAACUGCUCCGCAAAUGUUUGGUCGUCUUGAUGUGGCAACAAAUGAUUGGACAGAUGGAAUUUUUUCAACACUUUGGAGAAAAACUUUAAGAGCCAAGAAAGGUGACCACAUCUGGAUAGUUCUUGAUGGCCCAGUUGAUGCUAUUUGGAUUGAGAACCUUAAUUCUGUCCUGGAUGAUAACAGAACUCUAACGCUAGCAAAUGGAGAUCGGAUACCUAUGGCACCAAAUUGCAAAAUAGUCUUUGAACCUCAUAAUAUUGAUAACGCUUCUCCAGCAACAGUUUCAAGGAAUGGCAUGGUAUUCAUGAGCUCAUCAGUUCUCAACUGGAGCCCUAUCCUUGAGGGAUUUUUGAAAAGACGUUCCUUCCAAGAAGCUGAAAUUCUACGUCAGCUGUAUUCUUCGUCAUUCCCAGACUUAUACUGCUUCAGCAUUCAGUCUCUGCAAUGCAAGACUGAGAUGUUGGAAGCUUUUGUGAUUAUGCAGAGCAUUAAUAUGCUGCAAGGCCUUAUCCCACCUAAGGAGCAAGGAGGGGAAAUGACUCCAAAAUACUUGGAAAGGCUGUACAUCUUCUCUCUGAUGUGGAGUGUAGGAGCAUUACUAGAACUGGAAGACAGAUGCAAAAUGGAACACUGGCUUCGAAACCAUGCAACAAUAAAACUUGAUCUUCCCUGUAUCCCAGCAGGCAGUGAAGAUACCAUGUUUGAUUAUUAUGUGGCAUCUGACGGUGAAUGGAUGCACUGGAAUACACGUGUUGAAGAGUAUGUAUAUCCCAGUAGCAGCACUCCGGAGUAUGGUACCAUUCUUGUGCCUAAUGUUGACAAUGUGAGAAUGGAUUUCCUUAUUGAAACCAUCGCGAAACAGGGCAAGGCUGUCCUACUAAUUGGUGAGCAAGGAACUGCAAAGACAGUUAUCAUCAAAGGUUUUAUGUCAAAAUAUAACCCUGAAAGCCAUAUGGCUAAGAGUUUGAAUUUUUCAUCUGCAACAACCCCAUUAAUUUUCCAGCGUACAAUAGAAAGUUAUGUGGACAAGCGCAUGGGAACAACUUAUGGUCCGCCUGCAGGCAAAAAGAUGACGGUCUUCAUUGAUGAUGUGAACAUGCCCAUAAUAAAUGAAUGGGGAGAUCAGGUCACUAAUGAGAUAGUUAGGCAGCUGAUGGAGCAGAAUGGACUGUAUAACCUGGAAAAGCCUGGUGAAUUUACCCACAUUGUGGACAUUCAAUUUCUGGCUGCCAUGAUCCACCCUGGGGGAGGUCGCAAUGACAUUCCACAGAGGCUCAAGAGACAAUUUUCUGUGUUCAACUGUACUCUGCCUUCUAAUUCUUCCAUUGACAAAAUUUUUGGUGUAAUUGGAGAAGGGCACUACUGUAGUGAGCGGGGAUUUUCAGAAGAUGUGACGAAAACAGUAGCCAAAUUGGUCCCACUCACACGCAGGCUGUGGCAGAUUACCAAGCUAAAAAUGUUACCCACACCAGCCAAGUUCCAUUAUGUCUUCAACCUUCGAGACCUCUCAAGGAUUUGGCAAGGAAUGCUGAACACUACAUCAGAAGUAAUCAACGAACCACAGGUACUGAUAAAACUGUGGAAGCAUGAAUGUAAGCAUGUUAUUGCUGAUCGUUUCACAACCUCAGAUGAUGUAAACUGGUUUGAUGCAGCUGUGGCAAAACUCAUUGAGGAGGAAUUCGAAGAAGCAAAAGCUUUGCUGGAUCCUGAAAUUGAUGCAUUCUUUGUUGACUUCUUAAGGGAUGCACCUGAAAGAACUGGUGAAAAGUCAGAGGAGGUUAAUUUAGAUAUUCCCAAAAUCUAUGAGCCAAUUCACUCUUUUCAUCAGCUACAGAAACGUUUAAAUAUGUUUUUACAAAAAUACAAUGAGAACAUCCGUGGUACUGGAAUGGACAUGGUUUUCUUUGAGGAUGCUAUGAUUCAUUUAGUCAAGAUUUCUCGGGUGAUUCGCACUCCUUGUGGAAAUGCUCUUUUAGUUGGAGUUGGCGGCUCAGGAAAGCAGAGCUUGACAAGACUGGCAUCUUUCAUAGCUGGCUAUGAUACGUUCCAGAUAAUGUUAACAAGAUCGUACAACACUUCAAACUUGAUGGAAGAUCUGAAACUCCUGUAUAGAACAACAGGACUGCAAGGCAAAGGCAUCUGUUUUCUUUUUACAGACAAUGAGAUCAAAGAUGAGUCUUUCUUGGAAUACCUGAACAAUGUUUUAUCAUCAGGAGAGGUGUCAAACUUAUUUGUACGCGAUGAAGUAGAUGAGAUCAUUAGUGACCUUAUGCCCACCUUCAAAAAGGAACAUCCACGUAGACCUCCAACCAGUGAGGUUCUGUAUGACUACUUCAUGACCAGAGUCCGUCAUAACCUUCAUGUGGUUCUUUGCUUUUCACCAGUAGGUGAAAAAUUCCGAAAUAGGGCUCUGAAGUUCCCUGCUCUCAUUUCCCGAUGCACUAUAGAUUGGUUCAGCCGAUGGCCGAAGGAUGCUCUAGUGGCAGUAUCUGAACAUUUCCUGUCCUCAUUUGAUAUGGACUGCACUGCUGAUACAAAGAGAGAAAUUGUGCAGUGUAUGGGCUCAUUCCAGGAUGGAGUGGCAGAGAAGUGUUCUGAUUACUUUCAAAGAUACAGACGUUCUACACAUGUGACUCCCAAAUCCUACCUGUCCUUUAUUCAGGGAUAUAAAACCACAUACAAAGAAAAGCAUGCUGAAGUGCAGACAUUAGCAAACAGAAUGAAUACUGGACUGGAAAAAUUGAGAGAGGCCUCUGAGUCAGUGGCUGCUCUAAGCAGAGAGCUUGAGGUAAAAGAAAAGGAACUUAAAGUUGCCAAUGAAAAAGCUGACAUGGUAUUGAAAGAAGUUACUGUAAAAGCACAAGCUUCUGAAAAGGUGAAGGGUGAAGUUCAGAAAGUGAAGGACAAAGCUCAAGCUAUUGUAGACAGUAUCUCAGCUGACAAAGCCAUUGCUGAAGAGAAGUUGGAAGCUGCUAAGCCUGCUUUGGAAGAAGCAGAAGCAGCCUUACAGACAAUAAAACCUGCAGAUAUUGCUACUGUCCGCACACUGGGUCGACCUCCUCAUCUCAUUAUGCGUAUCAUGGACUGUGUGUUACUGCUCUUCCAGCGAAAAGUGAACAAUGUGAGAAUCGAUCAGGAAAAAUGCUGUACCAUCCCAUCAUGGCAAGAAUCUUUGAAACUGAUGACAGCAGGGAACUUCUUACAGAACCUACAGCAAUUUCCAAAAGACACAAUUAAUGAAGAAGUGGUAGAACUUUUGAGUCCGUAUUUUGACAUGGUGGACUACAACAUUGAGACAGCUAAGAGAGUAUGCGGGAAUGUUGCUGGCCUUUGCUCAUGGACCAAAGCUAUGGCUGUAUUUUUUUCCAUCAACAAAGAAGUAUUACCUUUAAAGGCUAAUUUAGCAAUCCAGGAGAAUCGCCUAACCACUGCUAUGCUGGAUCUGCAGAAAGCUCAAGAAGAACUGGGUGCCAAGCAAGAAGAAUUAGAUAUUGUGCAGGCAGAGUAUGAAAAAGCGAUGAGAGAAAAACAGACUUUGCUCGAAGAUGCUGAGCGUUGCCGUCAUAAAAUGCAAACUGCCUCAAGUCUUAUAAGUGGUUUAGCAGAUGAAAAAGAGAGGUGGACAGAACAGAGUAAAGAAUUUACUGUGCAAACCAAGAGGCUAGUGGGUGAUGUACUCUUGGCUACAGCUUUUCUGUCCUAUUCUGGUCCUUUUAACCAAGAGUUCCGCAGUCUGCUGUUAAAUGACUGGCAAAAGGAAAUGAAAAGCCGGAAGAUCCCCUUCGGUAACAACUUGAACCUCAUAGAAAUGUUGACUGAUGCUCCAACUAUCAGUGAAUGGAACCUGCAAGGAUUACCAAAUGAUGACUUAUCCUUACAGAAUGGAAUCAUUGUCACUAAUGCAUCUCGUUAUCCUUUAUUAAUUGAUCCACAGGCACAGGGUAAAAUUUGGAUUAAAAAUAAGGAAGGCAGAAAUGAACUUCAGAUCACUUCUUUGAAUCACAAGUAUUUUAGAAAUCACUUAGAAGACAGCCUUUCUUUGGGACGACCUCUUUUGAUAGAAGAUGUUGGAGAAGAGCUGGACCCAGCACUUGAUAAUGUUUUGGAAAGGAACUUCAUUAAAACUGGUGCAGCCAACAAGGUGAAGGUUGGUGAUAAGGAAGUAGAUGUUAUGAACGGCUUCAGACUUUACAUUACUACAAAACUGCCAAAUCCAGAUUACUCUCCUGAAAUUAGUGCUCGAACCUCCAUCAUUGACUUUACUGUGACCAUGAAAGGUCUUGAAAAUCAACUCUUAGGCAGAGUCAUUCUCACAGAGAAACAGGAUUUAGAGAAAGAAAGAACAGAUCUUAUUGAAGAUGUGACUAUGAACAAAAGGAGGAUUAAAGACCUAGAAGAUAACCUUUUGUUCCGACUUACAAGCACUAAGAGUUCUCUGGCAGAUGAUGAGAGUUUAAUAGUUGUACUGAGUAACACUAAGAAGACUGCCGAGGAGGUAACACAGAAACUGCAAACUUCUGCUGAAACUGAAGUACAGAUCAACUCGGCCCGUGAAGAGUACAGACCCGUUGCAACUCGAGGUAGCAUCUUAUACUUCCUUAUUACUGAGAUGAGCACGGUCAAUGUGAUGUAUCAGACUUCGCUUCGGCAGUUUUUGGGGCUUUUUGACCGCUCCCUAGCCAGGUCUACCAAAAGCCCUAUAACUAGCAAGAGGAUUACUAAUAUUAUUGAACAUAUGACUUAUGAAGUGUUCAAAUAUGCUGCCCGAGGACUCUAUGAAGGGCAUAAGUUUCUUUUCACAUUAUUACUUACAUUGAAGAUUGAUAUACAAAGAAACAGAGUGAACCAUGAAGAAUUUCUGACUCUUAUUAAAGGUGGUGCUUCCCUAGACCUUAAAGCUUGUCCUCCUAAGCCAGCUAAAUGGAUUCUAGAUAUGACUUGGCUGAACUUGGUGGCGCUCAGUAAGCUUAAACAAUUUUCAGAUAUUCUUGAUCAAAUUGCCAGAGCAGAGAAACAGUGGAAAAUUUGGUUUGAUAGUGAGAAUCCGGAAGAAGAACUGUUUCCUAGUGGCUAUGGUCAAUCCCUGGACUGCUUCAGACAUCUUCUUCUUAUCAGAUCUUGGUGUCCUGACAGGACCAUAGCUCAGGCAAGAAAAUACAUCAUUGACACUAUGGGGGAGAAAUAUGCAGAGGGAGUCAUCUUGGACUUGGAGAAGACAUGGGAAGAGUCAGAUCCACGUACUCCUCUCAUAUGCUUUCUUUCCAUGGGGUCUGAUCCUACGGACUCAAUUAUUGCUUUGGGGAAAAGACUGAAGACAGAGACACGUUAUGUUUCCAUGGGCCAGGGGCAAGAAAUCCAUGCUCGUAAACUUCUACAACAGACAAUGGCUCAUGGAGGUUGGGCACUUUUGCAAAACUGCCACCUUGGACUUGACUUUUUGGAUGAGUUGAUGGACACUGUAAUAGAGACAGAGACUGUCCAUGAAAGCUUUCGACUGUGGAUGACAACUGACAUUCACAAACAGUUUCCCAUCACCCUUCUUCAAAUGUCUAUUAAGUUUACCAAUGAGCCACCACAAGGUCUCAGAGCUGGACUAAAGAGAACAUAUAGUGGUGUCAGCCAGGAUUUACUAGAUGUCAGUGACAUGGUACAAUGGAAACCAAUGUUGUAUGCGGUAGCCUUUCUACACUCCACUGUUCAAGAAAGACGCAAGUUUGGAUCUCUGGGUUGGAAUAUACCCUAUGAGUUUAACCAAGCUGAUUUCAAUGCUACUGUGCAGUUCAUUCAAAACCACUUGGAUGGCAUGGAUGUCAAGAAGGGUAUCUCCUGGAGUACUGUUUGUUACAUGAUAGGUGAGAUCCAGUAUGGUGGCCGUGUGACAGAUGACUAUGACAAAAGACUCAUGAACACCUUUGUAAAGGUUUGGUUCAGUGAAAAUACAUUCAGUCAGGAAUUCAGCUUCUACAAAGGAUAUAGCAUACCCAAAUGUACGACAGUGGAUCAACACCUUCAGUACAUACAGAGUCUUCCUGCUUAUGACACACCGGAGGUUUUUGGUUUGCACCCCAAUGCGGAUAUCACUUACCAAAGUAAACUUUCCAAAGAUGUAUUGGACACUGUCCUCAGUAUUCAGCCUAAAGACAGCUCUGGUGGAGGAGGUGAAACCCGAGAGGCAGUUGUAGCCAGACUGGCUGAUGAUAUGCUGGAAAAGCUUCCUGCUUAUUAUGUACCAUAUGAAGUAAAAGAGAAGCUAAAGAACAUGGGACCUUUUCAGCCUAUGAACAUAUUUCUGCGACAGGAGAUUGAACAAAUGCAGAGAGUUAUUUCCUUAGUGAGAAGCACUCUGACUGAUCUAAAACUUGCCAUCGAUGGGACAAUUGUUAUGAGUGAAAAUCUGAGGGACGCUUUAGACUGCAUGUAUGAUGGAAGGAUUCCUGCUAGCUGGAAAAAAGCAUCUUGGGCUUCCAGUACACUUGGUUUCUGGUUUACUGAGCUUCUAGAAAGAAACCACCAGUUUUACAAUUGGAUUUUUGAAAGCCGACCAAACUGCUUCUGGAUGACAGGGUUUUUUAAUCCUCAAGGAUUUUUAACUGCAGUGAGGCAGGAAAUAACAAGAGCUAACAAAGGAUGGGCUCUUGACAGUGUAGUGCUGUGCAAUGAGGUUACUAAAUGGGUGAAGGAAGAUAUCGCAAGCCCUCCUUUGGAAGGUGUCUAUGUGUAUGGGCUGUAUUUGGAAGGAGCUGGUUGGGACAGAAGAAACAUGAGACUGACUGAAUCUAAGCCCAAGGUGCUCUUUGAGAUGAUGCCGGUUAUAAGGAUAUAUGCAGAGAAUAACACUUCAAAAGAUCCACGUCUGUAUUCAUGUCCAGUCUACAAAAAGACCAUUCGAACAGAUUUGAAUUAUAUUGCUGCUGUGGAUCUUAAAACCCUUCAGCCUCCAGAGCACUGGGUACUGCGUGGGGUAGCACUUCUGUGUGAUGUCAAGUAA